UUGAUAUAUAUGGCUGUUUACGUCAGUCAUAUGACACGUAUAAUGAUGUUUGAAUUACUGUGGAAUCGAAUGAGGGUACUUCGAAAAACAAUGGAGAGUAAAUUAGACUUUUCACCAACCAUGUUCGAUAGAGAGGUUAAUCAUCACAUUUUGGAGUUAGAAAAAUAUGUAAAUGUGUAUAAAAUGCAAUUAGAUAAUGUGAAAAAAAUUGGUCAUGCAUCCAAAUUACUGAUAUUCCUGAGUUUGCCGUCUUAUUUCGUAUAUGUUUUUACGAUCGUGUUGGAGAAACUUGUUUCGAAAGGUGACCAAUAUGAUCUUGACAUAAUGUACAUAGCCGACUGUAUGAUCAAUGUAAUAUUACCUCUCGUACCGGCCCUGUUCGCGGAGUUGGUGACCGCUGAAGUUGAUAAAAUCAGAAUCCAUUUGACGAGACAACUAUUAUUUUGCUCCAAUAAUGCUCUCAGAAACAGAACAUACGACGCUCUCAAGUUUCUAAAGCUCCGUCCCUUCAAAUACACCAUUUGGCGUGCCUUCAGUCUCAACAUAUCCUUACCUUUGGGACUCAUUAGUCUCUGUACCACUUAUACUAUCGUCAUGGUUCAAUUUUCUCACGUAUAUGGCUAGGGAUCUGGAACUAAUUUUAAGAUUUGAUAGAUUUAAAAUUUUUGCUUGAUUCAGAACACAUAGGCUAUAAUAAAUUAGUGUUGCGUGAUAAAUUAAAUAUAGUUUCAGAUGAUGUAAAU